UAUUACACUAACCCUAACCCACAUUUUUUGAGCUAGCUCCAUUAACAUUCUCACUUAGAAUGGAUAGAGUGAUGAGGUUGGCAUCACAAAGAGCAGUAGUGAUCUUUAGUGUGAGCACUUGUUGCAUGUGUCACACCAUGAAGAGGUUCUUUUGUGAGCUUGGAGUAAACCCUUACAUCUAUGAGCUUGAUGAAGACCCUAAGGGCAAAGAGAUUGAGAGGGCUCUAUCCAAGCUCUUAGGUCGAUCUCCUCCGGUCCCUGUGGUGUUCAUCGGCGGUGAUCUUAUUGGUCCUACUGAUAAAGUUAUGACUCUUCAUCUUACCGGCGGUCUUAUUCCAUUACUUCAUGAUGUAGGUGCACUCUGGCUCUGAUAUCAUAUUACAUAAAAUUUUAAAUUAAAAAAAAAUUACAUGUAGAGGUCAAAGUUUUUGAUGUCUCAAUGUAAUCUUAAUUUGUGUUACUCUCUUU